AGUUUCCGGCCGGAGGGCUCUUCCCGCCGCACCCGGAAGCGGCGCUCGCUGCUGGGUAACGGGCCUGAGGCGGCUGGCGCGGCGCGGGGAUGGACCUAGAGGAAGCGAAAGAGUUCAGAGAACGCUGUUCUCAGUGUGCUGCUGUCUCCUGGGGGCUUACUGAUGAAGGCAAAUACUAUUGUACUUCUUGUCACAAUGUUACAGAAAUAUCCAAAGAAGUUAUAAGCACUGCAGCUAUUCCUAAUACCAAGAUAAAUGCCAUCAACAGAGGACUUAAAAAGAAAAGAAAAUUUGAAAAAGGCUGGGAUUGGUAUGUGUGUGAAGGUUUCCAGUACAUUCUGUAUCACCAAGCAGAAGCCUUGAAGACCCUUGGAGUAGGCCCAGAGUUAAAGGAUGAAGUUUUGCACAAUUUUUGGAAGCGUUACCUUCAGAAGAGCAAGCAGGCAUAUUGUAAAAAUCCAGUUCAUACCACUAGAAGGAAAGCUAAAGUAUUGGAAGACAAUCUGUGUCAUUCAGACUGGGCAAGUGAGCUUGAGCUGCUAAGUGAGGCAGACGGUCCUCUUGAAAGUGGAACAGAGGUUCAGUCUGACUUUGAAAUUCCAACGCACUUCCCCAUCACCAAAGCAGCACAAUCAGAAGCAGCAUCUGUCUGUUCUGGAUCUCUUGAUGGAGUUGAAUACUCAGAGCGAAAGGAGAAGGGCAUUGUGAAGAUGACUGUGCCCAGGACACUUGCUUUUUGCUAUCUAUCCUUACUUUGGCAGAGAGAAACAAUUACUCUUUCAGACCUUUUGAGAUUUGUUGAAGAGGGCCAUAUACCAUACAUAAAUGCUUUUCAGCUUUUUCCAGAAGAGAUGAAAUUAUAUGGGCGUGACAAAGGAAUCUUUGCUAUAGAGUCUUGGCCUAACUAUGAAGAGAUCUAUAAAAGCAUGAUUGAAAUUGCCACCUUUUUAGAUUUACCUCGUUUUCCAGAGGUAACUGAGGGCUGCUACCUUCAUCCCAACAUAUUGUGUAUGAAGUACUUGCUGGAGGUCAAUCUCCCAGAUGAAAUGCAUGGUUUAACUUGCCAAGUGGUAAAAAUGACUGGAAUAGGAGAAGUGGAUUUUCUGACAUUUGAUCCUAUAGCUAAAAUGAAAAAAACAGUUAAAUAUGAUGUUCAAGCUCUAGCUGUCAUUGUAGUAGUAUUGAAACUGCUCUUUUUACUGGAUGACAACUUAGAAUGGUCUUAUUCUGAUCUUGCUGAAGCAUAUAAUGAAGAACACAAAAAAGAUAAGCCAUGGUUUGAUUUCAGAAAGUGGUACCAAAUUAUGAAGAAAACUUUUGAUGAGAAAAAACAAAAGUGGGAGGAAGCAAGGGCAAAGUAUGUGUGGAAAAGUGAAAGGCCACUUUAUCAUUCACACAUCGACAAACCAGUAGUAUAUAAAAGAAGAGAAAUGGUGGUGAACCUACAAAAACAAUUUAGUAUGCUGGUUGAUCCAACACCAGUGGUUGAAAAGAAAGGCCCCUCAAGUUUUCAGUUCAACUGGACUGAAGAAGGUACUGAUAGAACUUGUUUCCAUGGACAUAGCCUCCAAGGAGUCUUCAUAAAGAAAGGCCAUUCAUUGAUAACCAAGAAUUCAUUGUAUUGGCUUAGUACCCAGAAAUUUUGUAAAAGUUAUUGUAAACAUGUGACAACCUAUGAAGAAUCAAAUUUUUCUCUGAGUUAUCAAUUUAUUCUAAAUAUCUUCUCCUUCUUACUACGAAUAAAGACUUCUGUUCUCCAUGAGGAAGUGAGCUUAAUUGAAAAGAAGCUUUUCAAAAAAAAGUACAGUGAAGCAAAAAAGAAUUCUUCAGGAUCCAAGAAAGUAAGAAGAUAAGUGAGAAAAAUGACAGAGAAACAUUUUUUAAAUUAAAUUUAAUUUUAUAUGUUAUAAUAGAUUACAUUGUUUUAUCCCAUCACUCCUGCUUUCUUUCCCCUGGGUAACCUCCUCAGUGGGGUUAUGGUAUUCACUCUGGGAUCAUAAAGAUCUUAGUCAGUCCCUAUGAGGUAGUGGGGGAAUAUGUGGAAAAUUAUUUUCAUAAUGGUGCUAAUGUCAAAUUGUAAUAUAUUUCAAGGGAUUAUGUAAAAUAAUUUUAUUGCAUCCAUGCAACAUAUGUACCAAAUGUGCAAAUGAAAAUAUAUGUUGUGGAGCUGGAGAGAUGGCUUAUCAGUUAAGUGCACUUCUUGUGCAAAUAUGAGGGCUUGAGAGUGUCUGAGACUACCACUUGUGCACACAUGAGCUUGUCACUGCAAACAAAUGCCCACUUUGGCUGGGGACUUGAAUUCUAGCUGACAGCCUUUAUAAGCAAGCUCCUUUAACUGCUGAGCCAUCUUCCCAUCCCCUGAAUUUUUUUCAUAAAUGUUCUGGACAAUUAAAAUAAAAGUUGUAGAAAUGGUAUACAGAAAUUUAUAUUUAUU